CUUCAUCUCUCUGAAUCUCUACUACAAUGGAGGAACGAAAAGAACCAACUCGAACAAACCCAAAUCCCGAACAACAAGCUCUAUGCGAAGAGUGUAAAUCAAUCCCUUCAAAGUAUAAAUGCCCAGGCUGUUCCAUACGCUCGUGUAGCCUCCCUUGCGUCAAAGCUCACAAACAACGCACUGGCUGUACGGGUAAAAGAAAGCCGACCAAGUUCGUUCCUAUUUCUCAAUUCGAUGAUAAUCUCCUCCUUUCGGAUUAUAAUAUGCUGGAGGAUGUGAAGAGGAUUGCUGAAUCUGCCCAGAGGAUGAGGGUUAAGGUGUGUGGGUAUUCUCAUUUUAGGCUUCCUUUUCCUCUUAAAAGCCUUCGGAAGGCCGCUGCAAGCCGGAGGACGAAGCUCCUGCUUCCUUUUCCUCUUAAAAGCCUUCGGAAGGCUGCUGCAAGCCGGAGGACGAAGCUCCUGUUUCUUUCAAGUGGAAUGUCCAAGAGGGGGGCUAAUCGAACUUGUUACGACAACAGGAAGAAAUUUAUCUCAUGGACAAUAGAGUGGCGGUUCCAUUCGACAGAUAUUGCAUUGAUUGACCAUGGAGUACAUGAAAACACAAACCUAUGCUCACUGAUUGAGAAGCAUCUAAAACCAGGCCCAUGGAAUCAUGGGUUGAGGCAAUUCUGUGAGGAGCCGCUGGAUUCUCUCAGAUUUUUCAUCCGUAAAUAUCCAAAGGGUCCUAGAUCACCAUUCCUCGAGUUGGACAUAAAGGCCCCAAUACGCGAACAGUUAGCCAAUUUAGUUAUUCUGGAGUACCCUGUUAUUCAUGUUUUCUUACCUUCACACAGCUAUGAUUUUGAAGUUGUUAAAGUUGCCAUUCCUCAAAAACCAGAGCUCAAGGAGUCUGUUACAAAUAAUUGUCCAAGGCCUAAAGGUGUGACCUUCAAGGAGGAGGAAAUAGAAGAAGGAGUCUCUUCAGACCCUAAGGUUUUUGAUCUCAUGAAGCAUAUUCAUCCGGAUGCAGUGUUCCAGACUCCCCAUCAAAAGAGGGGAACUGCAAAAAAUUCAAAUGACUCACUAAACAGGCCACUGUUGGCAAGAGUUGCUGAAGGUACCAAACCAAUCUUGGGAAAUGGUGUCUCGAUUCAAAAAGCUGUUGAUGAUCCUGCAUACUCCAGCGCCAUGAUCAAGGAAGUGGGUGUGCUUGAGGAUAUGGAUUUUGAUUUUGAGCAAGGGUUGAUAGAUGCUUAUUCAGAUAUCGUUGCACAAAUUAAUCCUGAUGACUUUCUUGAUCUGGAAGGUGUAUUUACAAGGGAUGUAGAACAGGUGGAGAGAAUGGAUCAUGCAAAUUUCAGCGGAGUCCUCCCCGUGGAGGAGGAGUUGGAGGAAGGAGAGAUACCUGGAUUUUGA